CUCCUCCUGCAGCUGCAGCAGUGAAGGAGGAAGAGGCGGCGCAGCCUGCUGCACCUUCCGAGCAGUCGGUGAGAGCGAAGGAAGUAUUGGGAGACGGUUUUUGGACCGCAGAGUGGUGAAAGGAAGAGUCGAGCUUCUACUGAAAUGGAAGGGGUUCUCAGAUGAGGAUAACACAUGGGAGCCGCAAGACAACCUGGACCUCGACCUAUCACAGAGUACAUGCAGAACACACAAGAAGGGGGAGAGAGAAGGCAGAGGGCAAGAGGAAAUUUUGUCAUGAGGUCUCGGGAGACUCAGAGGAGCGAGGGAGCAAGAGGAAGGAGGAGGAGGAGAAACUGAGAGGAGGAGAGAGACCCAAACGUCACCACUGUCAACACUGUGACAAGUCCUUCACAACAUCUGGACAUUUAAAGAUUCAUCAACGCAUUCACACUGGAGAGAGGCCGUACAGCUGUGAUCUGUGUGGUAGAACAUUUACUCAGAGCGGUAGCCUGAAAAUCCACCAGCGCAUUCACACUGGAGAGAAGCCGUACUGGUGUGAACAAUGUGGGAAAACAUUCUCUGUGAAAAGUAGCCUUAAAAAACACCAGCAUGGUCACACUGGAGAGAAGCCGUACAGCUGUGAUCUGUGUCGCAAAAUCUUUUCUAGUAGGUAUUGCCUAAAAAUGCAUCAACGUGUUCACACCGGAGAGAAGCCGUACAGGUGUGAACAAUGUGGGGUAACUUUUUCUCUGAGGGGAAACCUUAAAUCUCACCAGCGUGUUCACACUGGAGAGAAGCCAUACAGCUGUGAUCUAUGUGGGGAAACAUUUGCUCAGAGUAGUAGCCUUAAACCUCACCAGCGUCUUCACACUGGAGAGAAGCCGUACAGCUGUGAUCUAUGUGGGGAAGCAUUUGCUCAGAGUAAUAGCCUUAAAUAUCACCAGCGCGUUCACACUGGAGAGAAGCCGUACAGAUGUGAUCUAUGUGGGGAAGCAUUUUUUCAGAGUGGUAGCCUUAAAUCUCACCAGCGCAUCCACACUGGAGAGAAGCCGUACUGGUGUGACCAAUGUGGGAAAACGUUUUCUGUGAGAAGUAGCCUUAAAAAACACCAGCGUGUUCACACUGCCUCGUUGUGAGCAUGUUUCAGAGCCAAGCUGUUUCCUCCUUCCUCCUUCUCAUGCCCUGAUAGCUGUGUUAUUUUCUGAUCUUCUCUCCACAUUGAAGGCUGACCAGCAGUAACUUAAUCUUCUGAAAAGCAUGUAUUUACAUUACAUGUUGUUUAGCCGACGCUUUUAUCAAAAGUAUCUUCCAAUUAGGUGCUUCCAACCCCGAAGGUGCAAACUCCAGAAAACAAGUAGUGAGUGCAAGUACAAUACCUUUAAAUAAGCAAAAGUAAAAAAGACAUAUCAAAGUGCAGCUUCAAGAAAAAAAACAACUUAUAUAUACAGUGGGGUUCGAAAGUUUGGGCGCCCAAGGUAAAAAAUUGUAUAAAUGUGCAUAAAGAAGCCAAGAAAAGAUGGGGAAAAUCUCCAAAAGGCAUCGAAUGACAGAUUAGAAAUUUGAAUAAUAUGUCACAAAAAGUAAGAUUUUAUUUCCAUCAUUUACACUUUCAAAAUAACAGAAAACAAAAAAAUGGCGUCUGCAAAAUUUGGGCACCCUGCAGAGUUUCUGCAGGCCCGCCCCCUUUGGAGCUGAGACCUGACUGUGUCAUGGAUUGUUCUCAAUCAUGUCUGGAACCCCAGGUGAUGUCAAUUUUAAGGUUUUAACUGCCCAACUCAUCUGACCUGCCCCACAAUCAGCACCAUGGUUCUCAAAGCAGUUGUCUAGAAAACUGAAACUGAAAAUAGU